AUGGUUGCGAUUGCGGCAGCCAUGCAUGGCCGUCGUCUCCUCCUCCCCGCUGCGCUCCUACACCUGCACCUGCUGCUGGUGCCACUGCCGCCAGUGCAGGCGCGUGUGACGGCCCUGAUCGUGUUCGGUGACUCCACGGUCGACGCCGGCAACAACAACGACAUCGACAUCCCGACGGCGGUGCGGAGCAACUUCCCGCCGUACGGGCGGGACUUCCCGUUCCCUCCGCGUCCGGGGCGCGCCACGGGGCGGUUCAGCAACGGCCGCGUGGCCACCGACUUCUACUCGGAGGCCCUCGGGCUCGGCCGCGCCUUUGUGCCGGCCUACCUUGAUCCGGACUACGGCAUCGGGGACAUGGCGAUCGGUGUUUGCUUCGCCUCCGCCGGCUCUGGGCUUGAUGUUGCCACCUCACGUGUCUUUAGAGUGAUCCCCCUGUGGAAGCAACUGGACAUGUUCCGGGAGUACAAGUCCCGGCUGGCUGACCACUUGGGCGCCGCCGAGGCACACGCCGUGGUGGCCGGCGGCGUGUACGCCAACUACUUCGCGCUGAUAACGACGCGGUACCUCGAGUUCACGCUGGCCGAGUACACGGACUACCUCGUGGGCCUCGCCCGGGGCUUCCUGGCGGAGCUCUAUGGCCUGGGCGCCCGCAAGGUGGGCUUCACGGGGCUCGCCCCCAUGGGCUGCGUGCCACUGGAGCGCGCCCGCGCCCUGGGCCGCCGCUGCGCCGAGGAGUACAACGCCGCGGCGCGCGCCUUCAACGCGGCGCUCGCGGACAUGGUGCGCGAGCUGGGCGGCGAGCUGCCGGGCGUCGAGAUCCGGGUGGCGGAGGUCUACGGCUUCUUCGAGGACAUGGUGCGCGACCCGGGGAGGCACGGCUUCGCGCGCGCCGACGUGGGGUGCUGCGGGACGGGCACCUACGAGAUGGGGUACGCGUGCGGCAUGUGGGCGGCGGCGGCGCCGGCGGGGACAGGGACGUGCCCGGACGCCGACCGCUACGUGUUCUGGGACGCCGUGCACCCCACGGAGCGCGCCAGCCGCCUCGUCGCCGACCACCCCAUCAACACCACCUUCGGCCGCUUCGUCUGA